AUGGGUUGGCUCGCGCCUGUCGUCAUCAGAGCCAAAAUUCUGAUCCAGACGACGUGGCUUCAACGGCUGGAUUGGGACUCUCCGCUGCCUGAUCAGGACGCACACCGCUGGAGGCAGUUGUUGGAUCAGCUUCCUCUAUUGGAUAACAUCCGUGUAACUCGCUGGCUCAACACCGGAGACGACCAUUCGCAACUGCAGCUCCAUGGGUUUGCCGACGCUUCAGAGCGAGGAUACGCCGCCGUGGUGUACAUCCGCAACGCUGCAACAGAAAAAACGUCAAUCAACCUAUUGAUGGCAAAAUCGAAGGUCGCGCCUGUCAAGCAGGUGUCGUUACCUCGCUUGGAACUCUGUGCAGCAGCUCUACUUACCACGCUCAUGCUCCACGUGCGCGCUACUCUCGGUUUGACAACGACGCCGGUGCAUCUGUGGUCAGAUUCAAGGGUCACACUUCAUUGGAUCCGCGGACACAGCACCCGUUGGAAAACCUUCGUCGCCAACCGAGUAUCUCAGAUCCAGACCCUGCUUCCAGACGCUCAAUGGAGACACGUCGCUGGACGAGAGAAUCCUGCAGAUUGCGCAUCGCGCGGUGUUACUCCUGCUGAAUUAAUCAAUCAUGAGUUGUGGUGGACAGGACCUACCUGGCUCUCAGGAGACGAGACUGCAUGGCCGGGUUCAAACAUCGACGUCCCAGAGGAUGACCUCCCGGAGCAGCGAGCCACCAGUCUGGUAAUCAAGGCACCGGUCUCGGCAGAACCUGACCUCCUCCUCCGGUUUCCAACGCUGCACAGGCUGCUGCGGGUUACGGCAUGGUGUCGGCGAUGGCUCAAUCAGGCGAGACGUGACGCCAUACCUGGCCGUCCAUUGCAUCCGGACGAGCUGGACGUCGCCUUAUUUCGAUGGCUGCGAGUGGUGCAGGCGCUCCACUUUCCUACGGACGUAGCUGCGGCUUCUGCUGGACGCACUAGCCCACCACGAAGCCACCUAGCGAUGUUGAGUCCGGUCCUCGAUGAUCAAGGCGUGCUGCGCGUCGGAGGACGUCUCAAACAUGCUCAGCUACCACUCGACGAGAAACAUCCAAUGAUCAUCCCGGCGGCAUCAUGGUUGACUCGGCUGGUGAUCGAUUCCUGCCACCGACGGACGCUGCACGGAGGUGUGCAACUGACUCUCGGCCUGCUCCGCCUGCGCUUCUGGGUGCCUCGAGGAAGGACCACCGUCAAACAGCAGCUACACCGAUGCAUAACCUGCACUCGAUGGCGCGCCGCCACACCACAGCCUCCGAUGGGUAACCUUCCUCGGGAGCGAGCACUCUCAGAUGAUCCAGAGGACGUCUCGGCGCUGACCCCCGGUCACUUCCUCAUCGGGACACCGCUCCUCGCCUUGUCAGAACCGUCAUUGACAGAGCAGACGGUGUCCACCUUGUCACGUUGGCGUCAUCUGCAGCGGAUGAGGGAUCACUUCUGGCAGCGAUGGUCAUCCGAAUACAUGCACGGACUCGCCCCACGCACCAAGUGGCUCAAGGAUGCACCUGCACCCCACGUCGGCGAUCUCUGCCUCGUUCGCUCCGAGAUCACCCCCCCGAACCGAUGGCCCCUCGCUCGCAUAUCGCGUUUGCACCCCGGGGACGAUGGAGUUACACGCGUAGUGACGAUCCGAACGGCCACGUCCGAGCUCGUGCGCCCACUCGUCAAGCUCGUGUUUCUUCCGGGCGUGAACGACGUUCCUACACCGCACGUUGACACAUAG